UCCUCCAGCGGGCGGACACGGAUGGGUCGGCCGGAGGGUGACUGGGGGCGUGUAACUCCCAGCCCUUCGGGCCCGGAGACCAGCGUGGCCAUCUGCAGCUUCGCCAUGUCCUCGGUGUUCGGCAAGCCCCGAGCUGGCAGUGGGCCGCACAGUGUGCCCCUGGAAGUUAACCUGGCUAUCCUUGGGCGCCGCGGAGCGGGCAAGUCUGCCCUGACUGUGAAGUUUCUCACCAAGAGGUUUAUCAGCGAAUAUGAUCCCAAUCUGGAAGACACCUACAGCUCCGAGGAGACUGUGGACCACCAACCUGUGCACCUGAGGGUCAUGGACACUGCAGACCUGGACACCCCCAGGAACUGCGAGCGCUACCUGAACUGGGCCCAUGCCUUCCUGGUGGUGUAUAGUGUCGACAGUCGAGAGAGUUUCGAGGGCAGCAGCAGCUACCUAGAGCUGCUGGCCUUGCAUGCCAAGGAGACUCAGCGUGGCUACCCUGUGCUGCUGCUGGGCAACAAGCUCGACAUGGCCCAGUACAGGCAAGUCACCAAGGCUGAGGGUGCGGCUUUGGCUGGCAGAUUUGGCUGCUUGUUUUUUGAGGUCUCUGCCUGCCUGGACUUUGAACAUGUGCAGCACGUCUUCCAUGAGGCCGUGCGUGAGGUGCGGCGAGAGCUGGAUAAGAGUCCCCUGGCCCGGCCCCUCUUCAUCUCUGAGGAGAAAGCCCUGUCCCAUCAGACCCCGCUCACAGCCCGGCAUGGGCUGGCCAGCUGUACUUUUAACACUCUCUCCACCGCCAGCCUGAAAGAGAUGCCCACUGUGGCCCAGGCCAAGUUGGUCACUGUGAAAUCAUCUCGCGCCCAGAGCAAGCGCAAGGCACCCACCUUGACUCUACUGAAGGGCUUCAAGAUCUUCUGAGGACCCUUCUGCAGGAACCUUAGGCUCAGCUGAUGCUUGGGACUGCAGGGUAUUGGCUUGAUUGCACUCCAAUGAACCAAUGGCCCUUACCCUCUGGUAGAUAGCAGAUUCCACCUCCAGCACCAAGCAGGGUCCCUACGUGCUCACUAUGUAAGCCAGAGGGACAGGCAGGGAUGCUGCUCCUAACUGCCUCACCCUGCUUCCUUGUCAGGCGAGGGCCUGGGCUCCAUAGUAACCUCUGUAUCCACCACCCUGGAGGGAAGCUGCCCCUGUUACAGACAGGAGAGCUGGAGUCAGCUGCAAGCAGAAAGGAACUGCAGUACAAAUCCUGUGUCAUGACUCUCCGGCUCCAGCCACUGCCAGACAAGCUGCAGCCCAUGUUCAAAGAGGCUUUGUCUAUGUGAAGGCUUGCUAACAGUCUACAGGAUGGCUGUCCCAGAGGUCCUGCCAUCACCUGGUGGUAGAAAGAGGUAGGCCAGCUGUUCAGGGGCCCAAAGCUUACCCAAGAAAAUUCUAGUUAAAAAUAAUCCUAUGUGAAAGCUUGGAUAGGGCAAAGAAAUCUGAACAGGAACCCUUCAGCACUAGCCUCUAAAUGAAGGAUGCAGAGAGGGACUGAGGGUUGUCUAGGCUAGAGAGCCUCCACCAUUUUUCUUCACCAGCAUUUGGGGGACUUAUUAUGACCACUUUGUUAGUAGACACCACCCCCAGGACCAUCCUUCUUGAGCUUGGUGAUCAAAGCUGCCGAAAGUCAUUCUACCCAGUGACAGUCCUCAGGGAGUCCACAGCUGGCGGGAUAUCACAGUUACCCUCUAGUGGGAGCCAUUGGCCUGCCCACUGUUAAGUAGGUGCAGUCUGGUUUGGUGGGACCUAGGACUCUCAGCAACGGGAUUGUUCAAAGCCUAUUCUGGUAAGAUAGAUCCCAAAGCGUUUGGGAUUAAUAUGGCGGAAUUUUACAUAAACUAUUUGGUGUUUUACCAAGGCUCAGGUGUGAGAGGUCUGUCAUAGGCAGGGGCUACAGCUGUUUCUUACUGUUUACCACACACUCUGGAUGAGCAGGCUCAGGAGCGGGGCAUGAGUAGGCCUAGCUGGGCACCCUGGGAAGUCGACUCCUUUGGCUCCCAGACAUCAGUCCAGGAGCUUGAAUGGAGAAUAUCUCUAACCCAGUGGUCAGCUCUAGUCUAUAGCUGGAGAAACGGAGGUCAGAGGGAGGCCCUGAUCUACCCAAGAGCACGUGCUGCAAAUCCUGGCCCUUUGUCCUGACCAAAGGCCAACUCUGAACUUCAUACUUUUUUUUUUUUAAGAUAGGGUCUCUUUAUUAAGUAGGUCUGGCUGUCCUGGAACUCACUAUGCAAACCAGGCUAGAGUUGAACUCACAGAGAUCCAUCUGCCUCAGCCAUCUGAGUGCUGGAAUUAAAGGCUUCCACCUCUCACGGCUGAACUUUGUACUUUCGAUGCAAGCCCCUUGUGUGUGCUUUGUAGACACCAUCAUUUGAACCCAGUACACAGUUCCAGCUGCCCACCUGGACAAGCAUUUGAAAUAAAAGACUUUUUUAAAUAAGAAA